CCACUUUUUUGCAAUAGCGGUAAAACUUAUUUUGACAUAAACCAGUAUGGUAUCAUCUACUUUUGAGCACGGUGAACAUUUACAGUGAAAUUAAAAAGCGCGACUACAAUAGAAAUUAUUAUAUGAAUGACAAUUGUGUAAUAUUUACUAAGCUGCAGGAUUAGGAGUACCAAAAUCUGCAUAAGGAUGCAAGAUGUUCCAUAAAUCGAUGGUAUUAAGAGAACAAAGCUAUUCGAAGUCUACGAUUUAUAUCAUGGGGUCGGGUAAAUCAAGACAGGUUGGAUGUUACUCAUCAGGACGUAGAAAUUCUAGUAAUCAAGAUGAUUGUGUCAUUGGUGGAGAAAAUACAAAAGAAGGAAUAAUACAAAAACAGCAUACCGUUCAGGAAAAUAUCCCUAAGCCCACUGCUUACAUUAUGAAUCCUGGACAUCUUUUGGUAUCACAACAGUUUGUCCGUGCAUUCCGAGAAGAGAUGAAGAUUCAUGGAAUUGUACUCACAGUAAUUCAAGAUUGUAACGACAUCAAGUUGGACACAGGUGUUUUCUUGAUCUUAGUGUCUACACUUUAUUUCCGCUUUGAGGCUAACGUUGAUGAGUGCUUGAGUGUUAUCAGUAGAAAACCGUACGAUAAAAAAAUUCUGGUUAUCCUACAUUUUGACACAAAAGAGCAUAAACAAUGUCCGGAAGAGUAUGCAAGCAUAUUUCGAAUUAUAGACAUGGCAUUUUCUAUUGACGAUGGAAUAUAUCCGUGUGAAAUGAAUACAAACGCACACCGACAACUAGAGAAAAUCUUCAACAGUCACAAGAAGACCAUCGCGAUGAAAACAAAAUCGGAAGGAAACGGACCAGAUAACGACAAUACAGAAACUCGUAGCAAUCAACAAUUAAAAGAUUCGCACGCAGACGUUAUUCCUGAAACGAAAAUAAGAACAAAGGAGAAAGAUGAUUCGACAAAAAUUGUGGAUAGAGAGACAAACCUUCUUAUAGAUUAUAUUAACUUUCAUGAAUUCAAAGGAAUAUUCUUAUAGAACUAUUACCCCUAUAAGGGAUCUAUUUAUAGCAUUUAAUAUGACAAAUGUAAUGCUUAAAUACCGUAUGGUGGUCGCAAAAUAUCUCCAGUUCCUCUAAUUUUUAUUACAUUGUUCUGUUCUUUGAGAACAUAGAGUAGACAUGGAGACAGAGUUCCGCUUAAUCAGGUUUAAGGGGAAUAUUUGUGAAUGUUCGGCAGGCGAUACAACGACAAAAUUCUUUAUCUUGACCCCGUGUUUCUAAUCCCCCCCCCCCCACCCCACCCCGCCGAACCUAUACUUUUUUCAUAGGUACCAAAUAGUUCGGCAGGACAAACUCUUUCAAAAUGAAAAAUGUUCCCAUGAAAAAAUCUCAUUUGAACUAUAUAUGCUUUCAAUGUUUCCAUGGCAACCGUUCAUUUUUGGAAAGGACAAGAUUGUAUAUAUAAUAAUCAAUCAUAUCUUGGACAGUUUUGGUGUUAAAACAAUAAAAAUGGUAUCAAAAUGCAGCUAAGACAUUGGACAUUAAAUUGCAGCACAUUUAUGUUUAUUAACUAAUGUGCAUAUUCAUGAAUAUUUAUGAGAAUAUUACAAAAUGACAAAAUGUUAUUAGAAAAUAAUAUUUUCUGAGUUUUAAGUCAAUUCAAAUGUACCAAACAGUUUUGGUCUGUUCUGAAAGUCUCUCGGUGUUUUUGUAACACUAAUGGUAAUUUAUUUACUCAUAAUUAGGUAUAUUUAGCUAAUUUGCAUGAAAAUAAUCACUACUUGUACCACAACUAACGUCUCUGGAAACAAGAUACCACUAAAAUUUAAUAAAAUGUUAUAAUUAAUUGUUAUUAAUAAAAUAACAAUUAUGUGAGCUAUAUUGUUUGGAAAUGUAAUUUAAACACCUUUUUUGAAAGAGAAAUCAGUAUGUAACAUACUUUACACAUGUUACGUUACCAUUUAAAUAAUCUUGUCUUAUUACAUCAAUUAUUUAGAAAAUAUAGAUCAGACAGUUUUGAUCUGGUCUUAAUGUCUCUCAGUGUUUUUUUAGAAUAGCAUUGUGUUACUCUGAAGGUAAAUAUUUUUUUUCUACAUUGGAUAUUUUAGCUUAUUUGCAUAAAAUUAAUCUUUGCUAAAACAGACAUCCCUGGCAACAAGAUAUAACUGAACAUGAACAACAUGAUGAAAUAAACUGUGAUCAAUAAACUUGAAUGUGCUAUUGGAGCUAUAUCAUACGAAAAUAUAGUGUAAAUACUUAUUUGAAGGAGGAAUCUAUUUGUAACAUACUUUACACAGGUAUCAUUAUUUUCUCAGAAAAUAGUAGAGGAAUAUUUAGUUAUCAAGUUAUUAAAUACUCUUACAAAAUAAUAUAGUCCAUACUUCUCACGCAAUGAGAUUUUUUCCAUUACCUUACCACAGUAUUUUGCUGUAUUUAGAAAUAUGCAGGAAGAAAUUUGAUUCAUUGUUAUCAAUAGUAUAAUAUCAUUGAUUUUUAAAAUUUUAAAGUAAAAAGGGACGCAUAUUGCUUCACUCACAGUUCAUACAGAAAUGAGGAAGGGGUGCUUAUUCAAGAAAUUGAUGGUGCGAAGAUAAAAAAAACUGAUUCCUAAAUUGAUAUGAUACUGAUGGACACCUGUAAUAUUCAGUAUUUUGUGGAUAGGUUGUGGUACUAUGAAUAGGAAAUCAGAGUUCUUUGUGAAAGUACAUUCAACACAAAAUAUUAAGCUUUUGUAUAAGAAAAUAUCAGGGUUUUAUUACAAUACCAGUGGAACAAAUAAUGUUGUAGGGAUUGGUUUUUCUUUCUACCGCACCCGGUUUGCUAAAACAUUUAAGAAUUUAACGCUACGUCAUUUCAACUCUCGAUGGACGCCAUUUUUCUCAUUGAUAAAAAAUGUUAAAAAAAGGUCAGAGUGGUAUAAGCACUGCAAGGGCAUAACAUGACAUUCUACACAUUGAAUACCUUAUUACAGAUAUCUGAUUUGCUACACAUGUCUGGUGGGUUAAAUGCAGAACGUCGAGCACUUGCAACUGAUCUUGAAAAAGUCGUUAAUUUCAGUUUAAUUUUCCCAUGACUUCUCGGCGAUUCACUGCGUAAAGUAUUACUGCGCCGGACGAACGGUAACUCUAAUAAUUAACGGGAGACAACUUAGGUGUCAGCACGUGUAUGAUGUUUUCGAAAAGCCUGUCGAGGUUUAUAAUUUCUUAUCAAAUAACUAAUCCUAUCCAGAAAUUCGUCUUUAAUAUCAGAAAUCUUUUAAUUUCUAUGGACAUUCAUCAAAAAUAUUACUUACAGUGUACUAUUUUGCGAAUCGAACUCAUUUCCGCUUUCAGUCGUGAAGCACUUCCGUUAUACUUUUUGACAGCAAUAACAAUAUACAAAAUGAAUUAAUAAAGUCACAUAUAAAUUGACUUCUACACAGA